AUGUGUUCUCUUGAUAAUGAAAAUCAUUUGAUUAUAGGUGUAGCAGGAUGUGUAGCCAAGACAGUGGUGGCUCCAUUAGAUAGAAUUAAAAUAUUAUUACAAGCUCAUAAUCAACACUAUAAACAUUUAGGUAUUGGAAGAACGUUUAUUGAAAUCUAUAGAAAGGAAGGAUUUCUAGGUUUUUAUAAAGGAAAUGGUGUUCAAAUGAUCAGGAUAUUCCCUUACUCUGGUAUACAAUUCUUUAUCAAUGAAAGAUGUAAAAUAAUAUUUAACAGACACACAAGAUCACAUCCUCAUAUAAACAGAAUAGCAGCUGGAUCUGUAGCAGGUUUAACUGCUGUAUUGUUCACUUAUCCAUUAGAUAUAGCUCGAUCUCGAUUAGCGUUUCAAGUUACAGGGGAACAUAGAUAUUUGGGAUUAAGACAUCUGUUGAAAUGUAUGAUAUACUCUGAAGGUGGUAUGAAAGCUUUAUAUAGAGGUAUUGUACCUACUAUGAUUGGAAUGGUACCUUAUUCAGGUCUUUCAUUUUUCUGUUUUGGAACAUUAAAAGAAAUUUGUUUAAAGUACUUUCCUGACCAGUGUGGUACACCAUGUGAUAAAAACAAAGGGCAGAUAAAUCUAAAUAUACCUACUAAAUUAGUGUGCGGAGGGAUAUCAGGGGCUGUGUCUCAAACAAUCACAUAUCCAUUAGAUAUUGUUAGAAGAAGAUUACAAGUUUCUGUUUUAUUACCUGAUUCACAUAAAUAUGAACAACAAGGCUGGGUUGAAACACUGCGUUUAAUAAAACAAGAAAAUGGUAUAGUUAAUGGUUUGUAUAGGGGUCUUAGUAUAAAUUAUAUACGUGUUAUACCAAUGGCCGCCGUGUCUUUCAGUACUUUUGAGACUCUGUCCGAAAUCCUGAUCAAUUAUACAGAGAAGAAGCACCAAAUAAGGUGA